GUUCUUGAAGAUCCAGAGGGGAACUCCUGCCCCACUGACUUUAUCAAAGAGGAUCCUGAACCAAAUUUGCAUGUGGAUGAAACUGAGAAUAUUGUGUUAGCCUCAAUAAGAUGUGCUUCUGAUAGUGUAAGUCAAUCUCUGCAUAAUGCUUCCUUUGAAACUCUCAACAACCUCUGCUUCUUUCUGCAUAUCGAAAUCCUAUGGCCAUGUUGGCUGACCAGGCCAGUCAGUCAUCCAGACUGUCGCCCCUGCAACUACUGGAAAGGUUGCGGACACACUUCAAGAACCAUGUUUCUCUGACCUCUCAACAGAUUUCCUCUGUUGUGGCUACACAGAUAUUAUACCUGUCUGUAUUGUUGAGGGCCACUAGCUAUCCUGUCUCGGAAAGGUUGGUUCAUAGUAUGGGUGAGAGCUGUGGCAUUUCAUUCGAAGAAACUGUUCAUGGAGGAGUAAUCCAUGACAAGCUGGAGAGAGGUGCAGAGGACACAGUACCUGUCUACAUAUGUGGUACCCAUACACAAGGAUUGACUUUGCAAGAGGAUAGCUCAUUCAGCACCAGACACAAUUGUAGUUUAAGUGAAAUGGAAUUGCAUGAAUUUAGUUGCAGUUUCUGCUUACAGAUAUUUCCUUCAAAAUACAGGCUUAUAAUGCAUAUCUUCACCCACAUUGAUGGUGUACAGCCACCUAUAUUUGUUUGUAGGUCAUGUGGGGAGGUAUUUUCCAGUAAAUCUAGCUUGAACAAACAUUUGAAAGGUAGUGGAGGAAAUGAAGCCUUAUCUGCUGGCAAUAGAGAGAUAUUUGACAGCUGUGAUGAGCAUGAAAACAUUAUCUUGGAAGAUGGUAAAGCAGUUUCUGUAACAGAACAAACUGAGAAGCAGUUUUCACACAAAGGAACUUUGAAAACUUCAAAGAAUUGCAUGAAGGACAUAUGUGACACACACAGUAUAACACAUGUUGCAGAGAGACAAGACAAAAGUGAUAGUUAUGGAACUUCAUGUACAGCAGAUAAUGCCAGUACUGAUGCUGCUGUAGUUACUGUAAAGAGACCCCACAAAUGUGACAUCUGUGGCAAAUCUUUCUUUGAAUUGUGUCAUCUGAAGACACAUUCGUUGAUUCACACUGGAAAGAGACCACACAGAUGCAAUAUUUGUGGCAAAUCUUUUAUUCAGUUAGGUCAUCUCAACAGUCAUUCAUUAAUACAUUCUGGAAGGAAACCACACAAAUGUGACAUUUGUGACAAAUCUUUUAUUGAGUUGCGCUAUCUCAAGGGGCAUUCUUUGGUUCACACUGGCAAGAGACUAUACAAAUGUGAUAUUUGUGGCAAAUCUUUUACACGCUUGCAUAAUCUCAAGAGGCACGAAUUACUACACGCUGGAUAUAGGCCUCAUAAAUGUGACAUUUGUGGCAAAUGUUUUGCUCAGUUGGAUACUCUCAAGAGCCACACAUUAAUGCACUCUGGAGAGAGACCCCACAAAUGUGACAUUUGUGGUAAAACUUUUACUGAGUUGCGUUGGCUCAAGAGGCACGCAACGAUUCACUCAGGAAAAAGACCACACAAAUGCAAAAUUUGUGGCAAGUCUUUUACUCAGUUGGCUCAUCUUAAGAGCCAUUUACUAAUACACACUGGCAAGAGACGUAAGGAAUAUGCUACCUAAGGCAAAGAAUUUGCGCUUGCUGGUGCCCUCAAGGUCCACAUGAUAAUACAUAUUGGAGGAAGACAUUGAUACCUGUGAAAAGCCUUAACAUGUGUCAGGAUUUUGAAGAUAUAUGCAGUAAUAUGCACUAGAAAGAAGUCACAGAGAAUGUGACAGAUCAAUUUGUUUAGCAAGACAUUUCACGAAGUUGCAGUACUAAAAAUGAGAAACCAAUCACCCGAUGUGGACUCUGUGAUUGAUACUCCUAUGUCCCUAUUGCACUUCAGAAGUUCAUCAUUGUAGAGAAAUUGCUUACCUACAUUAGUAAUUGAACAUAUCAUGCAGUAUUCAUCACUCCACAUAGUUGAAGGAAAUGUAAUGGUUUGUCAGUUAUCAUUCUAAAGAUGGGAUGUCAAGACUCAUAUUAGGCAUAGAGCAGGAAAAAAUAAGUUCAUGGCAUAUCCUUCACUCAGGUUAGUAUUUGGAGAAAGAUCACAGUAACGUGAUGAGUGUGGUAGUUGAUACUCGGGCAUACUUACACAACAGUAGUGCUGUGUAUGUAAUGUUGUCUACAUAUGUGUACUUAUUCUGCUGAUCCUCUGUUAUGAAAUAUCUGGUAAUGGCAAAUAUAUACUAAGGAGCCAGAACUAGAUCAUGGGAUUAAUAGUGUGUUGGCCCACCCUUGGAACACUUUGCAGCAGUCAUUCUGCAUGGUCUGAUUUCCAGAGCUAUGUUGUGCCAGAUGUCUAUACAUAGAUCACUCAGUUCCCAAAUUGUAGGCCAACUGGUUUGUGAGCACAGAACAAAUGCCAAGUUAGCUUCCCAGAUGUGUCCCACUAGGUUUGUAUCAGGUAAAUUGGGUGGCCAAUAUGUCAGUAUGAGUUGUAGGCACGAUUGGCAUUGUGACAUGAACAAUUAUCCUGGAAGAUGCUAGCAUUGUAGGGUCAGCCAUCAAGCAUGAGGGCUGUAGGUUGCUGCAGUAAUGGUCUUGUAGUCCACAGACAUCAUUGUCCUUCAGUUAUCGUUUGUACUCUAGCAGCCCAAGUGAAUGCCCCCCGUUACAUAAUACUUCAUGCAUUGACUGUGUCUCUGGGGUGGUGCACAUUUUGAGCAGGUAUUGAUAUGCAUGACGACUUAUUUGGACAGUACUAUUGACCAGCUGUAACAAGUAAAAUCACUUAUGUGUCCAGGUGACAUUUUCAUUGGGCUGUGAUGCAAUCCCAAUAAUCUUGUGCUCACCGCAGUCAUAAUUGUCAAUGUUGUUGGAUCAAAAUGGGAACAUACAGUGUUCGUAUGCUGUGGCACUGUUGUCACACCUGCUAGUGUCACUGUUUCUGUUGUUUUAGAGAGAGGAUCAGCUUCUUACCUUCACAUUCUGCAAAAAGACAUGGAUUUCUUAAUCUUUGUCACCAGUCUGUGGUUUCAAUGCCCUUGAACAACUUUCCAUGGAUGCUCACAAAACUAGCACACAAACAGCCAACCAGUUUUGUUGCUUUUCAGAUGCUCAUUCCCAGGCAAUAGGCCCUAACAAUCUGCCCUUCAUCAGAGGCCGUUGUUGUAGUGGUCUUCAGUCCAAACAUUGGUUUGAUGCAGCUCUCCACACUACUCUAUCCUGUGCAGUCUUCCUCAUCUCUGAAUAACUAUUUCAAUUUACAUCCUUCUGGAUCUGCCUAGUGUAUUCAUCUAUUUCUUCCACUCUAUGAUUUUUACUGCUCCACCUGCCUCAAGUACUAAACUGAUUAUCCCUUGAUAUCUCUGAAUGUGUCCUAUCACCAAUAUUUUCUUCUAGUCAGUUUGUACCACAAAUUUUAUUUCUGUCCAAUUCUAUUCAUUACCUCCACAUUAGUUACUUUAUCUGGUCAUCUAAUCUUCAACAUUAUUCUGUAGCACUACAUUUUGAAAGCAUCUAUUUGCUUUUUGUCUAAGCUGUUUCACAUCCGCACAAAAGCUUUUAGAAAAGACUUCCUAAUGCUUAACUCUGUAUCUCAUGUUAACAAAUUUCUCCUCUGCAGGAACACUUUCCUUACCAUUGCCAGUCUACAUUUUAUGUCCCCUCUACUUUGGCCGUCAUCAGUUAUUUUGCUGCCCAAAUAGCAAACCUCCAUCUCCCACUUGUCUCGUUUCCUAAUCUAAUUCCUGGAGCAUCAUCUGAUUUAAUUCAACUUCAUUCAGUUAUCCUUGUUUUGUCCAGUCCAUUCAGCUGUUGCUCCAAGUCCUUUGCUGUCUCUGACAGGAUUACAAUGUCACUUGCCAACCUAAAAGCUUUUAUUUCUUUUCCCUGGACUUUAAUUCGAACUACAAAUUUUCUUUGGUUUCCUUUACUG